ACGAUGGACGUGUACACAAUGCUUGAUGAAUGCCCGGUUAAUACAUAGCCACCGUUAGGAUUAGUCAUACAUGUAUUUGAUACAGCUCAGUGAUGCAUGCCUGUCGUUUCGAAGAAAGUCUGCCAAAUAGUUUUAUUUGGUUGCUUGAAAUAGCGUUGUGAAUCUUUUCAAAGCUAUGUCAUAAUCUUUCUGCAGCAAUCUACAUCUCAUUUGAGCGAAACAGACGUUAUAUGAGUGUCUUUAGAGUAGUCAUCUGGAAAUAGCUGGUGCUGAGUGAAUCAUGACAGAGCAUAAGACACUGGUCAUAGACUUUGAGCCUCGGGUGAAUGACACUGCCCAAGGCGAACAGAACCAACAAAGCAGAGCAGAGAAACAACUCUGGGUACACAGUGAAAACUCUUUCACUUUCAACUUCUUCCCUGAGGGUGCACCAGCAGCACAGGGGGCAGAAACUGACCUCUCAGAUGUGAAACACCAGUUUGCAGGAUUACAGACAAAAACAUCCACCGCUUCUACAGAACAGGGUUCUGGUUUUUCAUUCAACUUCCAAAUCCCUGUUAGUACACCAGGGGAGAUGGAGAAAGAAAUUGGCACACCAGUACCCUCAGGGGCUGUAGCCCUGAAAGAGUCCAAAGAGGAAAAGCCUCAGGGCCAGAACGCUCAACAAGUAAUUAAAGCACCUGAGCCAACCACAUCUUCUAAAGCCAAGAAAAAUAAGAAAUCUGGUCAUAAGAAAAAAGCCAGUGAUGGACAGCAAAAACAGAUGACAAACUUGACAGACACAGAAGGGGCUCGUGAGGAGGAUGGCACAAUGCUGACUACAGAACAGCAGCUGAAAAGAGAGCUGGACUGGUGCAUUGAGCAGCUGGAGCUGGGCAUGGCUACUCUGAAGGCUACGCCAAAACAGAAGGAGGAGGCCUCUCGUGCCCUUAAGACGCUGCGCAGCUCCAAAGCCCCCCUGGCAAAGAAGAGGCAGGUGAUGAGGGCAAUGUCUGGGGACUACAGGAAGAAGAUGGAGGAGGAGAAGCACAAGCAGUUCAAAUUGAUUCAGGGUGCAAUGACAUCGGCUCAGGUCAAAGUCGUGGCAGACCCUGCUAAGAAGUCUAUUUUCCACAGGAAAGCGGAAGGUGAAACAGAGACUCUACCCUUAAAAUCCAAUGCAAAGAGUCAACAAGAGAAUUUACAGGCACAGACUCCAAACACAAGUGUGCUGAACCAGGAGAACUCAACUUUUGUCUUCACUCCUGCUAAUGAAGAGUUCUGCUUUAACUUCCUCUGAUUUGCUCUGGGGAAGUAUUUGCUCAAGAAAUCAGUCUUACUCUAUAGACGAAUACAAAUGAAGCCAUUUUUAAAGUUCUUUGCUUGAAUGCUCUCCAUCUGAAUAAUGGUUUUGGUUGAUUAUAAUGCUAUUGGUUGUGGUUUGAUUAAGUAUUGUAAACCUUUUGAUUAAUAAAAUUUAUUAUUUGGGUAAA